UGUUCGUUGCCUUCCCUGCUCACUUCCAGGAUCCUCCUCCCUGCUGGGCUUUCCCUACAUUAAACCUACAUCCUGACUGGGACGAUUACCAAUCCUGUCAUUUUUACUUCUCAACAUAUUUUUUAUUAUUUUACGUGAAAACCUAUCUGCCUCUUCUACACAGCAGGAACCCUACAAAAGUGCAGAUGCAUUUCAAACAGGGCCAUCGUUGUUCCACAUGUCUUUAUGUCUUUUGAGUCUCUCUCUUAUAACAGGUCGCUGCAGUUUCACCCCCACCCACUUUUCUAAAACUUUCUCAAAGCCUGCCAGGGAAAGCCCUUAAUCCAUUCAACUACCUCCUUCCUCCAACACAAAGAUUCAAACAGCCCAGACACAUGCAUUAAUGUUUUUAAAUUUAUCAUCUCCAUAAGCAGAUCCUGCACCUGAUUUUGGCCUAACCUGGACUUCUUUUAUACGAUAUUCUCUCCUUUGUUGACCCUUGGAAGGUCACCUGGAUCGAUUGGGGGGAAAAAAUGCCCUCAGUGAUAUGAGUGAACAAACGUUGGAAUUGAUGAUUGUGGAGUGGAAAUUAGGAGAAGGAUUUGUGAAGAGACGAACCUAGGAGGAGGAGGAGGAGCGAGUGACUGAAGGAGAAAAGAGGAGAGGAAGAGCAUGGGCCGCUUUUCAGUGUGGAUCUUUCUGCUGCACCUGUCUUUGUCUCAUCAUAGUGUUGCAGCACAAGCUGAAGCUUGUAGGACUGUGGUGCAGGCAGACAUAGCGUUUCUACUGGAUGAGUCAUGGAGUGUGGGCCAGACCAGCUUUUCCAAAGCCAAGGACUUCAUCUUGGCCGUAAUGUCCGCCUUUCAAGACAACAAUAUAGGGACUGAUGGUGUGCGCUUUGGAGUCACUGUCUUUGGAGAUAUUCCAAGGAUGCAGGUUGCUUUGACAGAUUACAGUUCACUUCAGGACGUGAUGCGAGCUGUUAGGGACCUCCCCUACCAGGGCGGAUCCAGGAGGACUGGCAAGGCCCUCAAGUUUCUCAUCGACUCCGUGUUCAGCCCUGCCAUCAGUCGAGAUUUUGCCCCAAAGAUUGCAAUUCUGAUCACAAAUGGGCGCUCAGAGGACCCAGUUGACUCUGCAUCCAGAGCAGUUGCAGACAAUGGGAUCACGUUGUUUGCAGUUGGAGUUAGAGAAGCUGACGAAGCAGAGUUAAAAGGAAUAGUGUCUGAGCCUCACGAGGAGCAUCUUCUAUUAAGUGCCGAUUUCUCUGUCCUGGAAACUGUCCUUCCAAAGCUGUCCCGCAGACUUUGUUUCACAGCUUCUGAACCACCUCGACCUGUAAAAACUGCUCAGCCAAGUGAGGAACGCGUGGUAGGUCCCAGAGACCUGCAGGUCAGUGAGCUGGCAUACAACUCCCUUAGGCUUACCUGGAGCCCGGCCACAGGGGAUGUGACCGGAUAUCGCCUCAUGGUCUCCCCUCUCAAUCCCCGGGGACUCCGUGAACAUCUACAGCAGAGACGGAUGGACCUGAAGGCAGAUGUGACCACAGCCAUGGUGACAGGGCUGAGUACACAGACAGACUAUUCCCUCACUCUCUAUGCCGUCUACCCAAACCUGAUCGGGGAUCCUGUCACAAUCACAGUGAAGACUAACCCGUUACCCAAAGUGUCAAACUUCCGUGUCAUCGAGGAGGGUCUGUUCUCUCUUCGCCUCGGCUGGACUCCUCCUCUGGGGAAGCCCAGCGGCUUCAAACUCUUCAUCCCAAGAACCAACCGGCCUGGAUUAACAUAUGAGCAGCUGCUUCCAGGAGAUGCCUUUUCUCAUGUGGUUGAUGGCCUGGAGGAGGACAAGAAGUACACCAUCAGUAUUUAUGCCAUUUAUUCUGAAGGACCAAGUGAACCCGUCUCAUUAGUGGGAAAGACAUUAAAACUAGUGCCAGUUCAGCAGUUCCUGGUCCAGAACGCCACCACAGACACAGUCCAAGCAAGGUGGGCAUCAGUCAAGGGAGCUUCGGGAUACAGACUGACAUGGGCAUCCUCAGAUGGUCACAUAGAGAACAUCAACCUCGGAGACAACUUUAACUUCUACAUGAUCCAGGGCCUCCACUCAGGCUCUGACUACACCGUCACCAUCAAUCCCAUCUUUGGGGAUAUAGAGGGCCCCGUUACCACUGCCAAAGUCAAGACGUUGGAAAGCAGUGCUGUUCAGACUCUGAAAGUGUCUGCUGUGAGCACGAGUACGGCGGUGGUUUCUUGGAACAGCGUCCCAGGGGCUACUGGAUACAGACUGGCAUGGGGACCCACCCCAGAGUUUGUUGGUCGAGAUCGUCCCAGACAGUUGGCCCUGAACAGCAGCACCACAGAGUACAAGCUGAAGAAUGUAGCUCAUGAUACAGAGUACGUCCUGACUCUGUAUGUGCUGUUCGGGUCUGCGGCUGGACCUGGCAUCUCUGCUACCUUCAGGACUUCUCCUUUGGGUUACGUGUCCAACUUCAAGGUUACAUCCUACACCAGUACGACUAUUGAUGUGGAAUGGAGUCCCAUUGUUGGAGCAACAGAGUACAAGCUUUCCUGGAUGGCAGAAAACAGCAAUCCUCAGCUUCAGUAUCUGGAUCGCAGCAUCCUCUUCCACAGAAUCAAAGAGCUCAACCCGCGCUCUGCUUACACAAUCACCAUCUGUGCGGUUUACGGAAACUCAGAGGGGCCAGAAAUCUCUUUGUCUCAGCUCACAGCUGCAGUUUCAGACUCAGAUCCAGUCGAGGCAGUAAGGGAAGUUAAAGUCAUUGAUAUUGGAGUAAAUUCUUUCACACUGUCCUGGAAGAAGGUUUCAGGGGUUUCUGGUUACAAGAUAUCCUGGAUUCCCUUCCUUGGAGGCCAGGAGAAGUCCCAAGCUGUAUCUGCUGCUUCCACAUCCUUUACCAUCCAAAACCUGCAGGAAAGUUCAGCCUAUAAGAUCCAGAUUUCCCCUGUGGUGGGCAGCAGAGAGGGAAGCCCAGUUCUGGUCACUGCACGCACACUGGAUCUUCCAAAAGUGGAGGGAUUUGCUGCCUUAAACACAACAGACAGCAGCACUAUUCUGAACUGGACCCGUGUGGCCGGCGUCUCUGGAUACCUUCUCUCCUGGAGGCACAUCUCAGUGCUGGAUACAAAAACAGAGAGGCUGGGACCUGGCUUCACAUCCUAUAAGAUCGAUGAUCUCCUAUAUGGAAGAACAUACAUUUUCACCAUCAGGCCUUUGUAUGGAGAAGUGCAAGGACCUAUAAGCAUCAUAUUUCAACGAAUAUUGGGGCCGGACAACCCUGUUCAGACAGACCAGUCAGUACCAACCACAGUAGCUCCAAUCUAUGCACAAAUCACAGCUGGUUCCCUAAGUACCACCACAGUGCUCAUCACUGAAUCCGCCCCCACUGAGCAACCAACCAACGCACCCCCAACUGAACCCCUCACCAUCAAGACGCCGCUAAGAGUCACCAAAGCCAACGCAGCUGCGCCCCCCACACAACAAAAGACCACAGUGAGCAUAAAGAAAACUGCUCCAACACAGCCAGUGUGUGGAAGGUCCAAAGCUGACAUAGUUUUCUUAGUUGAUGAGUCCUCAAGCAUCGGUGUCAACAACUUUAUUAAAAUGAGAGACUUCAUGUUCAGAAUGGCUACGUACUUCCCUGUUAUUGGUCCGCAGGGCACACAGAUCGCCGUGGUUCAUUACAGCGACGAACCGCGCGUUGAGUUCCGUCUGAGCGACUUCAAAGACAGAAACUCUGUGCUCAGGGCCAUCAGAGGGCUGCGGUAUGUGGGAGGCAACACUAAAACAGGUAAAGGCAUCGGGUACGUUCUGCAGGAACUCUUUCAGGAGUCCUUGGGGAUGAGGCAGAGUGUGCCCCAUGUUCUGGUGCUUAUCACAGAUGGCAGGGCCCAGGAUGAUGUGGUGCUGCCCUCCAAGAUUGCACGUGCUUUGGGAGUCAGUGUUCUGGCAGUUGGAGUUUCUAACGCAGACAUUGAGGAGCUGAACAAAAUCGCAGCUCCCACCAGCUACAAAAAUAUCUUCUAUUCCCCGACCUUCGAUGAUUUCCACUCCAUAGAGAGAGAAUUUAUCAACAGUCUCUGCAGUGAUGACCUUCUCUCUGAGUUCAGAUUUGAUGACGAGUUUGCACAAUUAGACACUCCAACUGAAGACCCAGAGGAGCUGGACGAGCCUCAGGGUCCCUGUGCCUCCCAGUGUCAGAAAGGCCAGAAAGGAGAAAAGGGAGAUGGCUUUGGUAUUGGAGGUCUGAAAUUUAGGAAAAGCCCAGGACAGUACGACCCAUUUACAUCUGCCAAAGGAGAGAAAGGAGAAAGGGGACCUCCUGGAACAGAUGGCGUUCCUGGGUUACCAGGGCGACCUGGGAGAACAGGGCCCCCAGGUUCUGCUGGCCUGAGGGGCCCUUCAGGAAUUCCAGGAGAUAUGGGUCCUCCUGGACUGCCUGGUCCAAAGGGACAGAGAGGAGAAAGAGGAGAGCCUGGAUAUGUUAUAGCUGGCACUGAUGCAAACUAUGUACCUGGACGAAAAGGAGAACCUGGAUCUUCAGGUCCCCAAGGACCACCUGGUGUACCAGGAGUCAAUGGAGCUCCAGGCCUGCCCGGGCAAACAGGACCAUCGGGGCCACAGGGACUAUCUGUCAAGGGAGACCCUGGAGAGCCGGGGGAAAAAGGCUUAAGGGGGAAGCAGGGCAUGAAGGGAGACAAAGGAGAACCAGGAAUAGAUGGGAUUGCUGGUUUACCCGGUCCCAUUGGCAUAGAUGGGGUUCCAGGAUUACAAGGCCAGAAGGGAGAUAAGGGGGAAAAAGGAGUCGGGAUACAGGGUGUUCAAGGUCUACGUGGAGAGCAGGGAGAAAAGGGAGAUGUUGGCUUAACAGGACCAUUUGGCCCAAAGGGGGAGCAAGGCAUCCAAGGCGUUCCUGGACCUCGGGGGAAAAGGGGACUCAAAGGAGACCAAGGUGAAAAGGGAAAUCAAGGUGACUCAGGACCUGCGGGACUACCAGGAAUUGAGGGACCAAUGGGACCGAUUGGACUCAAAGGAGAUCAAGGUCCAGUGGGAGUCCCUGGGGACCCUGCCAAGGGUAUAAUCGGUCCAACUGGUAAAAAGGGGGCCAGGGGCGACAUUGGUCCAGUUGGUCCUACAGGACCUCAGGGAGUAAAAGGAGGGAAAGGAGACAAAGGAGAAAAGGGAAGUCCUGGUUUUGGGAUUCCAGGCCAGCAGGGACCAAAAGGAGAAAGUGGAGAGAGGGGAAAUGUUGGCUUAUCAGGAAAACCGGGACCAAAGGGAAAAGAUGGAGUCAAAGGUGAUAAAGGCAGUACAGGUUUAUCUGGCAGAGCUGGAGAACCAGGAUUAAGAGGUAAAGAUGGAGCACCUGGCAGUGAGGGAACUCCAGGAAGGAAGGGUGAUCAAGGACCACCUGGAGAGCCUGGUGAAAGAGGAAUAAGGGGUCCACUUGGGUUACCGGGGCGACCUGGGGAACGUGGUGACAAAGGAGAUCCUGGAAAUCCCGGCCUACCUGGUGCUGAUGGGAAAAAGGGAGAUACAGGCGAGCCGGGGAAACCUGGGCCUCCUGGAACACAAAUCUUUACAGACAACAACGUAUUGACCAGAGUCAUCAAGGGUGAGCCGGGAGAGCCUGGUCAGCCUGGUUCAAAAGGAGAAAUGGGUCUUCCUGGGCAAAGAGGUCCAGAAGGGAGACCAGGAUUACCAGGAAUACCUGCAGGCGGUUCUGGCAAAGAUGGACUUAACGGUGUAGCAGGAGCUCCAGGAGCAAAGGGUGAAAAGGGUCAAAAAGGAGAGCUUGGACCACGUGGAGAAAAGGGUGACCAAGGUGGGGUUGGAAUCAUUGGAAGGCCUGGAAUACCAGGAUCUCCAGGGAAACCUGGUGUUGAUGGGAAAAGAGGUAUACCAGGAGUCAAUGGAGAGAAAGGAUUCAAAGGAGAUGAAGGAAAAAGGGGGGACAAGGGAGAAGCAGGUGCAAAUGGUAAAGAUGGAAGCAAAGGGGAACCUGGACCUCCAGGUUUACCUGGUAGCCAAGUGCUUGUCACUCCUGAGGGAGCCACGAUGGAUGAAAUCCGAAAAGCUUUUCCAAUGCCAAUGGGUCCUCCGGGCGCAACUGGAGCACCAGGAAUGAAGGGAGAGAAAGGAGAAAGGGGCCAGAGAGGGGAGAAGGGUGAUGCUGGAGCUCCUGGAAAAUCUCUUGAGAUGAAGGACAUUGAAGAAAUGUUUGAAGCUUAUGGAAUAAGGCUGCCUUUGCUGAAGGCUUUGAUUGACAGGUUGCUGCAGGACGGGAUAGAGGAGCUGCUCCACGUGCUUAUCCCCGCCAAGAAAAUCAAAGAGAAAGAAACACACACCAACGUCAUCUCUGACUACACUGGAUCAGUGAAGUUUGACCUCACCAGCCAGCCGCUGUCAGAGUUGGAGGACAAAGGUGGCUCUCAUUUGGACGACCAAUCUGCAGAGCAUUUGUUGACAGAGCCUUUAAAUGGAACUUUAGAGGCUCCAACCUCAUGGACCAUCAUCACCGCAGACCCACAACAAAGGACUAAAACUGACACCAAGCUAAAUGGGUCCAAGGAGAAGGAGCCGGAAGACUUGGAAGGGGAUGAAGUAUCUUCUCUGAAAAUGAAUCAGUCUCUGCUCACUUCCACUGUUAACUAUACAACCACAAAUGAGAUGUUUUCCGGGUUACCUGAAACUGUGAAAGAGACUCCUCCACUCAAUCAGGAAGAUCCACUAAAGAAGAAUUCCACAGCAAAGAAGAAGAACAGGGCGCGUGGGAAAGCCAAAGGAAGCAAAGGACGCCAAAAGAGGCAGAGACAUCGUCUGACGGGUGAAGACAGCAAGCAAGAGGAGGAGGAAAAGUCUUCUAAUGGCGAAGAAUAUAUUUAUGACUAUGAGGAAGAACUUUCCACCGAUGACCCACCAUCCUCUCAGGAGGGGGCAGAGAACAAAGAGCUUGAAGUCCAAACACAUGAAUUCCCCCUUUACAUGGAUAAAAAGUUUCCCACAAGCAGUCCUGGACACCUCGAAAUCUACAGUCAUCAUGUUUUACCCAGAGAAGGAGACGCACUGAUUUUCCUGACAACCACGCCGCCACCCUUACAGUCCACUGAAGACAGUGAAAAGGACACUGCGAUGUUCCCUCUCCCUCCAGUUGCAACAGAAGAACCACACAAGGAGCCUCAUCCUAAUAUAAGGGUGAAAAGAGACACUUCCUGGCCUGACUCUGUGGUGUCUAUGCCAGGUGCUCUGGGUGGGAGACACCAGUAUAAGGAGGCAGAUAAACGUCUCUCCUCUGGAGCUCGAGGUUACAAUAGUUGGAGAAGCGUAAUGCAGGCAAAGUUUCCAAGUCACAUCAGAAGGAGUGAAGAAAGACAGGAAUACAGUGAUGGAGACAGAGAGAUUCAUACAGAGGAAAAGGCAGAAGACAAUGAUGGAGCAAUGGCAGGUGGUUACACAACUCCUGAUCCAGCCCUUGAGGAAGAGGAAAGGAGUGGAGACUAUGACUGGGGAACAGAGGAAGAUUUGGACCGUGAAAGGGAAGAGGAAGAUGGGGAUCUGGAGAGGAAACGAGAGAGGGAAAGGUUGGAGAUGGAAAGAGAAAGAGAAGAGCUGGAGAGGGAAACUGAAUUAGAGAAGGAGCGAGAGCAAACAGAGGAGGAGGAGGAAGAGUGGGAGAGGAGAAGAGCAGAGAUGGAGAGAGGUGGGGAUAGGGUCUACGAUGAAGAAACUGGACAACCAUAUCCAUAUCCACCACAAUACUUUUUUCUCAAGGGACAACCAGGUGAAAAUGGGCAACCUGGAGAAAAGGGGGAACUUGGCGAAAAGGGACAAAAGGGAGAACCAGGCAUUGGUCUCAGAGGGCCAGAAGGCCAAGCAGGUCCACCAGGACAAAAGGGUGAGCCUGGUGAGCCAGGGCCUCCAGGGGCUCAGGGCAUCCAAGGUAUUCAUGGUAAUCCUGGUAUCCAGGGCUCCCCUGGGCUUAAAGGACCCCCUGGGGAUCCUGGAGAGCCAGGUAGAGAGGGAGAACGAGGGAAAAAGGGGAAAAAUGGAUCCCAAGGAGCUCCAGGACCUCAAGGUCCCCCAGGACUUGAUGGACUCCCUGGUGUUCCUGGAGCAAAAGGAGAAAAGGGUGACAGUAUUCCAGGGGAACCUGGUGCGAGGGGGAUGGCAGGCCCUCCAGGAAGACGAGGUGACAAGGGUACUCCUGGUGUUAAAGGACCUCUUGGUCAUAUUGGUCCUAAAGGCUUACGUGGAAGUAAAGGUGAAAAAGGAGAGCACGGGUUACCAGGUGUCAGAGGAGAAAGAGGGAGUGUGCUUCAGAUUCAAGGACCUCGUGGGUUCAAAGGGUCCAAAGGGGAUGCGGGUGAGCGAGGUCCACCUGGUUUUGAUGGAGAUAAAGGGGAGAAGGGUGAGGAUGGUCCUCCUGGAGUCAAGGGUUUGAAGGGGGAUGCAGGCGCCAAAGGGGCAUUGGGACGGUUUGGAGCACGAGGACCAGUGGGCCAAAAAGGAGAACCAGGAUCACCAGGUCUUAAUGGACUGAUGGGGCGUAAUGGAGAAAAUGGAAAGGAUGGAGCCAAAGGGGACAAGGGAGAUUUAGGACUCCAAGGCCUAAGGGGAGAUCAGGGGGAACGUGGAGAACCUGGAUUACCAGGAGAUGAAGGAGAAAAAGGAGAAAAGGGGUUCAGAGGUUUUCCUGGACCUGUUGGAGGUCCCGGUCUAACUGGAGAAAAGGGAGACAUAGGUAUACCUGGAAGCCCAGGCAUACCAGGCCUGAAUGGACUCACAGGGAGAAAGGGCAGUAGAGGAGAAUCUGGGAUCAGUGGGAUUGAUGGUGAUCCAGGACAAAAAGGGGAAAAGGGUGCAACAGGAUUCCCAGGCUUUCCAGGGUUUAAAGGAUCACCGGGAAGUCCUGGGAGGGAUGGAGACAUGGGACCACCAGGACCAUCAGGUCCUCGCGGUGACAAUGGACCCAAGGGCGAAAGGGGCAGACGAGGAAGAUCAAAACAUUGUCAAAAGGGAACGCCGGGGAUGCCAGGACUGAGAGGAGAAAUGGGGAUAAUGGGUACUGAGGGAGAAAAAGGUGAAAAAGGAGAGCCUGGACUAUCUGCAGAAGAAGUGAAGGAGCUUGUUACCCAGGAGGUGGUAGAAAAGUGUGAUUCUCAUGAGGAAGGAACUGUAGAGUUGGGACAGAAGAAGAGAAGAGGAGCGUUUGGAGCUAAAUCUGCUGUUUCAGAAGCAGACCCCUGUCUAGACCUGAUGUCAGAGGGAGCCUGUUCGGACUACGUUCUGCUCUGGUACUUCCACGCUCAGUCAGGGGAAUGCAGACCGUUUGUGUAUGGAGGCUGCGGGGGCACCCAGAACCGAUUCUCCACCAGGCACAGGUGCCAGAGCGUUUGUGGUACGCAGAGGAGAGUUACAGAGUCGGACUUAAUAGGAGGUGUACCCCCCAGAAGCUGAAUAUGUAACCGUGGAUAUGACUUACAAAGCAAUAUGAAUGAACAUUUGAGGAUGCAAAAACACCAGUUUGAGAAAAAUGCAUCUGUGAUCCCUCAGGGUUGAUUAUGAAGAUGGUAAAUUUGAUGCUGAUUUUUGAACAUAUUGUUUACAAAUUCAUUUUUAACAUCUUGCAUUGAUUUUAUUUAUAUACAUGAUGAUUACAGUUGUUUAUUUGACUGAUAGCUGUUUUUAAUCUGAAGCAAAUGAAACAUUUUUUAUACUUGUGUAAGUUAAAUAUAACUUGAAUGUAAUUAUAGCGUAUGUUUGUCCCUGCCUCCCCUCCCACAGAAUACAACAUUUACCUUUC